AUGGCUGAUUCGGGCUGCAUGGCUUCCCUUAAAGACGACGAGGUGUUAUGCGAAGACACACUCAUGCUUGAAACGGAUGAUGAAUACAUAGAGUUGCUGCUUAGCAAAGAGAACCGCUGCUGCACCAGAGCUCGUGCUGCAUCGUCCGAUGACUCGCUUAAAUCUGCUCGUUCUGAUGCUGUUCGAUGGAUUCUGAAGAUGAAGGUCCUCUUUGGCCUCGGCACGAGAACGGCGUACGUGGCUGCCAGCUACCUCGACCACUUCUGUGUUCAUCGAUCAAUUGACUCGAUGAGAGAUAAGAACUGGGCAAUUCGAUUGCUGUCACUGUCUUGCUUAUCUUUGGCCGUGAAGAUGGAAGAACUCAAAGUCCCAGCUUUAUCGGAGUUCCGAACAGAGGACUACCGAUUCCAAACUGAAGCCAUACAGAGGAUGGAGCUUCUCAUUUUGAGUACGUUGGAGUGGAAGAUGAGCAUGAUCACUCCUUUCUCUUAUCUGAGCUAUUUCGCUUCCAGAUUCCAAGAACAUGGAUCAGAAGACUUGGCGUGGGAGGCCAUUACGCUCAUCCUUGCAAGUAUUGAAGGUCAGAUAAUAGUUAGAUCAAUCAUGUUCAGCAUUCAAUCUUUCAAUGUUUUGCCAUUGUUGUCGCUGAAUGCAGCAAUCAAUCUAGUGGAAUAUCGACCUUCAGUCGUAGCUGCUGCUGCAAUUCUCGCUGCAUCGCAUGAAAGACUCACUCAGAAGUCAGUGGAGCUCAAGCUGAGUGCAAUCUCAUCAUUCAGACCAUUGGACACUGUAAGUUCUAAACCUUUAGAUUCCAUUGUCUCCAAUGUUCAAGAACACUCGAUGGUGAACACGAUCUUGUUUGGGUUGUGA